UCAAUAUGGCCGCCAAAGUAAAAAUAUAAAAUCUUAGCUUUUUGUCUUAAUAAAACAACUGACUGAGCCUCCUGAUCAGAAUACUGCAUGAUGGAAAGUGAUGAUACUCUAGUAGAUGUUGUUUCUCACGAUGAAACACUCAGAAGUGAUUCAAUGGUGACUGCAUCUCAUGAUGAAAGUGAGGAGGUUGAUAUUUUGAGUGACUUUGGUCCCUCUGACACAAACACCUUCCAGAGUGAUGAAACUUUUACAUACACCAAACUAAAUGAUACUACAGAUGAAGGAGAGCAUACAGGGUUUCUAAGUACUUUUGCAGGAGACCACAACUAUUGCUGUACAUCUUUGCCCACUGAUAAUGAAGAAACAGAAAGUGAAAAUGAAACCAGACAGAGUAAACCUGAAAUUGUACAAAGUGGUCAUGAAAGUUCCCCGAAAGUUAUUAUUGAAAGUCAAUUAGUAGGAGAGAAAGAAGUGUUGUAUUGUGUCUGUCGAAGACCAGAUGUUGAUCAAUUUAUGAUUGGUUGUGAUGCUUGUGAUGAGUGGUAUCAUGGUUCAUGUAUUGGGAUUACGAAGAAAGACGCGAAGAAAAUUAAGCAGUUCUUCUGCCAUUCCUGUCAAGAAAAAAACCCAGAUCUUAAAACAAAAUUCAAGAUAUCAAAAGAAAAAGGAAAUGAAAGUUAUCAAGAAACAGAUGAAACAGAUGAUAAUCGAAAAGCAAAACAGCGAAACAGUCGCAGAUGUGGCCAAUGCACAGCUUGCCAGAUCCAGGAGGAUUGUGGGAAAUGUGACUACUGUCAGGACAUGCGAAAGUUUGGUGGUCCAAAUAAGAAGCGACAAAAAUGUCGUUUAAGGCAGUGUUUGAACAAAUCAGUGCACUUAAAUAUUCAUGAUGGAAGUUCAAAGUAUGAGGAGCCACGAAGGAAAAUAAAAAAAAUCCGCCAACCCAGGCAGCGGCACGAAGAUUUUGGAGGAUCUAGUAAGAAGAAACAUGCGAUCAAAUUAAAACACACCAGGCACUUGCAAGGGAAAGAGCAGAAAUUAAAACGUCAACUUAGCGAGAAAGAUCAACGCCGAAGGAAAAGACUCGCGUCAAGGGAAAAAUCUGGACUAUAUUCAGAACGAACACGACAGACAGUGGAAGUACCGAGACAAUGUUACGGUCCACAAUGUCAGAGACGAGCAAGAUCAAACUCCAAGUAUUGUAGUCACGAGUGUGGGAUACAAGUGGCUGUGAGACGCAUACAAGAAAUUCUUCCUGGUCGUGUUAAAGAGUGGAAUGAAACGUCUUGUAUUGCAAACAGUAGAGCUGAAGAGAAGUUGGCAAGAUUGAAGAAUAUACAAGAGAGUACUCGUGCCAGGCUCCUGGAACUUGACCAGCAAAGUAAGGAGUUGGAUGAGAUCAUAGAAAGAUCUUCACAUUUGACAGCUGUUAAUGAAGAGGAUACUGAGAGUGAGCAAGACACGGAUAUCGACCUGAACGUUCAUUGUGUGACCUGUGGGAUUGCGCUGAUGCCGAAAGUUGCCUUGAGGCACAUGGAAAAAUGCUACAUGAAAAACGAGUCCUUCACAUCGUUUGGAUCAAAUUUUAAAAGCGUUGGAAAUUUGUUCUGUGAUUUCUACAACUCGCAACAGAAGACGUAUUGUAAGAGACUCCGUGUUUUAUGUCCAGAACAUACAAAGGAACCAAAGGUCUCACAACGUGAAGUGUGUGGUUGCCCGUUGACUAACGACCAACUGGAGGAGACGAAAGACUUAUGUUGCAUUGCAAAGAGGCAUUGUGUUCGACAUUACUGCUGGGAGAAAUUACGACGGGCUCAGAUUGACGGCGAGAGAGUUAGACAGUGGUUGAAGUUAGAAGAAGUAUACGAACAAGAAAAACAGACUAGAAUGGCGAUGACUCAAAGAGGAGGCGUUCUUGGUCUCUUACUUCAUAGAACGAUUGUAGAAAGUUAGUUAUACCACAAGUGGUUCAUUUGUCGUUAACGACGAAAUUUGAUAAUUGACAGGGUUUUCAUGCUGCUGACGUUUGCUUCGAAUAUUUCGAAUUUCAUUAACCUACGUUGGAACGUAGUAUGUUCUGUUCUUUUUGUAUUAUUCUGGUAACUACCACAAAUGUAGAUUGAGGUCUGGGAAGUCAACAACAACGUGAAAAUGGCAAAUAAGUGGCGUGAUGCGUCCAUUUAUGGGCGUUCCACAACGUGUAUUUGUUAUCUUUAUGUCUUAAUGAAGCGGACUACAGAAAAGAUAAUUUUUUGAAUCAUUUUUCA